AUGGAGAAUAAAGCAGUCGCUGAGAGGCGACCUAGUGGUACUAGCACUGCUGGUUUGGUGUCGCUGUUUAAAGAGUCUGCGACACAAUUAAAUCAGCUGUCAGUAGCCGAGUUUAUAGAGAUGACUCUUGAUGAGAAAUUACCGUCUGAAGACUUGUAUACUGCUCUGAAAGAUGGUGUUAUAUUAUGUCGAUUGAUCAACAAGUUGAGGCCUGGUACUAUUCCGAGGAUUAGUAAACGGCCUUUGCCCUUUCUUCAGAUGGAAAACAUAUCAAAUUUUCUGGAAGCAGCCAAAGGAUUCGGUCUCAAAUCCACAGACCUCUUCCAAACUAUAGACCUAUUCGAAGGAAAGGACAUUCAUCGAGUUCACGUCACAAUCCUAUGUCUAGCACGAGUAGCAGCUGGAUAUACAGUCCGUCAACCGCUCCCUCAAACCCGUGACGAAGAUGUGAUUAUUGAACCACCUGCACCGUCGCAUCCACCAAACUCUCCACCGCAAAUACGAUCCAUGUUUAACGCUGGCAAUGUAAAUGCAACCGCUUCACCACGACAAUCACCACCAACGACUAUGAAUGGGAAUAUGAGUAGUAGUACGCCUAAACAUAUACGCAAGAUAUCGUCACAGCAGGGAGGACAGCAGCAACAACAAUAUAAUACGAACGCAUCGACUGGCAGCACGUCAUCUAGCAAGUCCAGUCCAAGUACUAUAAUAGGGCUUCCACCGAAUAUUACACCACCGUCGACUAUUCUUCCAAUGAGGGAGUCCUUGUUAGUUGCUCCUAAUGGGAACGGAUCAGGUAGAAAUUCAAAGAAUCCAACACCACAUGGAUCAACUGGGAAGAAUGGUAGUGGUAUUAUGUCGCCCUCAACUGCUCCUGCCGUGAAUGAGGUGUUGACGUUGAAUGAUGGUGAAACGAUUAUUCAAUAUCAAUUGGGAAGUUGUAUAGGACGUGGACAAUUCGGUGCUGUGUACAAAGCUCUCAAUAUGGAGACUGGCAAGUUCAUUAUCGGAUUUCAUAUGUAA